AUGAGCAACCUGGCCUUGUACCGGGGCAUCUACACCGAGGAGCGCUUCCAGCAGGUCUAUGGGGCCCCGCAAGAGCCAGAGAGCAGCUUGGCACGGCUGCUGAAAGACAGGCUGAACAGGGGCUGCCAAUGUUCCAGGGCUGCCGCUUUGCAUUUCCUCCAAGGCAGACUUCCCAUUGCCAGCUGGCUGCCCAGGUACCAGCCCAAGAAGUGGCUUCUGGGAGAUGUGGUAGCAGGGCUCACCGUGGGCAUUGUACACAUCCCGCAAGGAAUGGCGUUUGCCCUGCUUACCUCUGUGGCACCCAUCUAUGGGCUCUACACUUCGUUUUUCCCUGCCCUGCUGUACAUGGUGUUUGGCACGGGGCGUCACGUAUCCACAGGCACCUUUGCUGUAGUCAGCCUGAUGACCGGCUCCGUCGUAGAGCGUUUGGUUCCUGUCUCCCUGCAGUCUAACAUCACGGACCCUGCCGAAGCGGCUUUGCUCGAGGGGCAACGCAUUGGCAUAGCUGCUGCCAUGGCUUUCCUCAUGGGGCUCCUCAUGAUAGGAAUGUUCACUUUUCACUUGGGCUUCUUGUCUACCUAUCUCUCGGAACCCGUCGUCAAGGCCUUCACCAGCGGCGCCGCCUUGCACGUGGUGGUGUCCCAGCUCCAGAGCCUACUGGGUUUGCCCCUCUCCCGUCCUGAUGGAUGGUUCACCAUCUUCAAGACGCUGGCAUCAGUGGUGGAAGCAUUUCCUUUAACCAACAUAGCUGAACUGCUGAUCUCCGGCCUCUGCUUGGCUGUGUUGGUACCCAUCAAGGAGAUCAACAACCGCUACCGUAGCCGAAUGUGGGUUCCCAUUCCAGGGGAGAUCAUCAUGGUACUGCUGGCUACUGGGGUUUGCUUUGCGUCUUCCCUCAACACUCACUACAAUGUGCAAAUUGUUGGACACCUCCCAGCAGGGUUCCCACAGCCCCAGCUCCCAGCCCUGCAUCUGCUGCCCCAAGUGCUGGGCGACACGGUGGCCCUCACUUUCGUGGCCUACGCCAUCUCAGUGUCUCUGGCCAUGAUCUACGCUGAGAAGCACCACUAUAUCAUUGAUCCCAACCAGGAGCUAUUGGCUCACGGCGUCUCCAACCUGGUCUCUUCCCUGUUCACCUGCUUUCCCAACUCAGCCACACUGGCUACAACCAACAUCUUGGAGAGUGCCGGUGGAUACACACAGCUCUCUGGCCUUUUCACCAGUGCUGUGGUGUUGGUUGUGCUGAUGUGGAUCGGGCCACUCUUCUACUACUUGCCCAAGGCUGUCCUGGCUUGUAUCAAUGUCACCAGCCUUCGCCAGAUGUUUCUGCAGUUCCAGGACUUGCCUGAGCUAUGGCGGAUCAGCCAUGUUGACUUCGCUGCAUGGGUGGUCACGUGGCUCUCUGUGGUCGUGAUCAACGUAGACCUUGGCUUGGCAGUAGGGGUGGUAUUCUCCAUGAUGACUGUGGUGUGCCGCACACAGAGGGCCAAAUGCUCAGUGCUGGGCAGGGCAGCUGACACCGAGAUCUACAGGCCCGUCAAUAACAAUAGCAAGUGUUUUGAGAUCCCAGGAGUGAAGAUUUUAAGUUACCAGGCCCCCAUCUAUUACGGGAACCGCAGUUUCUUCCGUGACGCUCUGAGCCAUCUAGUAGGGCUGGAAAAGAAGCAGGAGCCAUGCGAGGAUCAAGGUCCAGAUAUCAAGAUGCACGUCAGCACUGUGGAGAGCAGCAUCUCCAUCCUAGACAAGAAACUUCGCUCAGACGCAGCUGUACAGGCUGUGGUUCUUGACUGCAGCGGAGUGACGUUUGUUGACUCAGCCGGGGCACGUCUCCUUAUUCAGGUGUGUGUGGAAUGCCAGAAAGCAGGCGUACAGAUGCAUUUAGCUGCUUGCAAUGAGAAUGUCCUACGAACCUUAAGCUUUUGUGGCCUCAUGCAUCAUCUACACCCACAGCAAAUUUUCGUCACUGUUCACGAUGCUGCAUCCUACCUCCAGCAGACCACGGAAAUUGUGGAGCAGAAGGACCCAACCAUCUGGGUAUAGCCCUUCGCUGUCUGUCCAGAGCCAAGAACUCUAUCAAACUGACUCAAACGUACCAGGGUGAGAACUGUUGGGAGAUCAGACACCUGUACUAUAAGGGCAGCUGGCUGCCUCUGAGACAUGCCAAGACGGAGCACUGGUUUAUAAGGGAAACAAAGUGAAGAAUGCUUAGCCAAAUAAGAAUGGAGACACCCAAGGAACAAAAGGCAGCCGAGCGAGCCAAGUAGAGCCUUCUCAGCCAGUGCCAUGACCGAGACGGUCAGAAGUAGCUUGAACUAGUCCGCCAUUCCACUGCCAGGAGAAACAUCUGUAUCACACACCAUCCUGUCCAAGCUCCCAUUGCUCUGGAUUGCGAGAAGAAGAAACGCACAUCACACUUGCAAGCCACAGCUCACGUGGCCUCAUGGGUGUUGGGAAUCCUUUUUUUUUUUGCAUUACUUUGCCCACAGUAGAAUCUUUUAAAUUCUACAUGGCUGCAUUUUUAUACACCCGGCACAUUCGUGCCUAACUUGAAGCCACAGUUUCGGGGCACACGUAUGAGCUGCCCAUAGAGAUUAAUGGCACAUCUGAACAAUCGAGGGGCAAAAUACAAGACGCACAUCCCAAGCCGCAGCAAGUACGGAGUGGGGAAUUACUCUUUAUGUCCUCACAGAUAACCGGUUUCAGUCUCCUAUCACACUAGCCAGGCCAAAUUUGUACUAGGGCCAAGCUACACAUGACGAAUGACACUUGAACGGCAAGUGGAUUGAGUGGAGGGCAAGUGAACAGGGAGAAAUACACUUGCUGUUCAAGUGUCAUUCGUCAUGUGUAGCUUGGCCCCUAGUCCUCCUUUUUGUGCCUGACAAGCAGUCAUUUAAUCCCAGUCACCACCUCACCCCAGACACAGAGAUUAAAGGACCGGAAAAACUUCACCUGUGGUAUCAGGGUACUGUUUACCCAAAGCUGGUGCUCAGCAAUACUCUUUGGAAGAGGACUAUUCCCCAUGUGGGCCCAGCAAGGUGGAGGCAGCAGCAACCACAAGAAGGUUACCUGCAACAGCCACCGAGACCGUCUCCCCGAGUGAGGCUGAGAAGAUUCAAAGGAAACCUGCUCAAAUAUUGUGACAAGCUUUGGUGUUAAGAUAAAAUGGCUGAGCCGGUGCUCCGUUUU